AUGAACCGGGACAGAGCGGUGCCGGGGCCCGGAACGGAAGGGGUCCAGACCGUUAUAAACCGGGACAGAGUCGCACAAGUGCCGGGAGUGGACGCGGUCCAGUCCGUGAUGAGCCGCGACAGAGCGGUACCGGCUGCCGGUGUGGACGGGGUGCAGACGGUGGUGAGCCCGGACAGCGGAGACCUGCUGGACGGAGGAGCGGCCACGGAGAAACGGCUCUUCUCCAACGCGGUGGCCGGUGGAAGAGACGCACAGGCCGUGGAGAACCACUCGGAACCUCCGCCGACGAACCCGGUGUUAGCCCCGCCACAGCAGGGCCCGAACUCCCACCGGACCACGUCUUUCUCUGUCUUGGACAUUCUGGAUCCCAACAAGUUCACGAGCAACCGGAGACUCCAGCAGCUGCCUCAGCACGCGAGCCACCGGGCCGAGCGCGAGCUGAGCGCGUACGGAGCAGAGAACCGGAGAACCGGAGGAGGAGGCGGAGGAGAGGAGCGCGAGCCCAGCCUGGAGUCCGGGAAGGGCUGCUACGGUGCGGAGGACUACCAGAGCAAGGAUGGUUUUGUGUACAGAGGCCCAGAUGACGAUGACUACCACAGAUCAGGGACCCCAGACUCCGAGGCCCCGGACGGAGCGUACAGUAGCGAAGAGAGCAGCUCAGCUCUGCCCACCAACGGAGACCGGGAUCUAGGCCAGCACAGCCACUCGGACCCCGCCAGGGACACCAAGAGUCCAGGGGGAGGCUCCGCGGGUCAGAUAACCAACGUCCAGACCGGCGGGGGCCAGGGCCAGAGCAAGCCCAAGAGGAAGCGCUCUGGCUCAGACUCCAAGUCAGGGAAGCCCCGCAGGGCCCGGACUGCCUUCACCUACGAGCAGCUGGUGGCUCUGGAGAACAAGUUCAAGUCCACACGCUACCUGUCAGUGUGUGAGCGGCUCAACCUGGCACUGUCGCUGUCCCUGACUGAGACCCAGGUCAAGAUCUGGUUCCAGAACCGCCGGACCAAGUGGAAGAAACAAAACCCCGGCGCCGAUACCUCAGCCCCCACCGGCACAGGAGGAGCGGGAGGCGCAGGGUCCGGGGUGGGGGGAGCCGGAGGGGGCCUGGGGAGCCUCAGCCCUCUGAGCCCGUCCCCUCCGGUCAGCGGCCACCUGGCCAUGCACGCUGGCUAUGCCGGACACCACCACCCCCCCACCGGCAGCCUGGUGCAGCUGCCGUUUCUGACCGCCAGCCACGUCCUGUCCCCGUUCAUGUUGGGGACCCAGAGCUACGCUGCACCUGCCUUCUACAGCACACACCUGUAG